GAUAUCAGCUGUGCACAUUGCAAUAAUGACAGAUACGUGUUGUUGUGAUUGAACAAGAAUGGAGUUAUUUCAAACUGAAAAUCAUUACAUAAUCCACAAUGGAGACCACAGUUUGUGGUGUGACAGGUCUUCAGGGAGCCUGGAGGCGAAGUCAAGUCAUGACCUCUGUUCUGCUUGGAACCCGAUCUGUAUUGGACGAAUAUAUGGCGUCAUCGGCAAGCUCAAGAUUCAUCCAGAGUCAGAGUGGAAGCUGUUGUUGAUCCGACAGCGCACCCUCGUGGGGACCCUGGCCAAGGAACACAACAUCUAUAAGAUCAACAAGAUUGCAGUUCUGUCUCUGUCAAACUCUGACCCCACCGACCUUGACCUUGAGCUCUGUAAGAAACAUCAUUUUGGAAUCAAGAAACCAGAACGGAUCACGCAGGCCGGGGACGAACAGACUCUCUCACUACAGAAAACAUGGAAUACCAUCAAAUCUGCCGCAGAAAAUGUCAAAAUAAAAAAGAAGGACGUCAAAGACAAGGAGAAGUUCGAGAGAAGAAUUAUAGAGGAGCUCCUGAAGAUGUACAACGACUCCGACUUCUUCUACUACAGUGACACCUACGACCUCACCAACUCUUUACAGCGACAACAUGAGGAAACCUACGAUAAGACGGCGCCUCUUUGGCGGAGAGUUGAUGAUCGAUUCUUUUGGAACAAGCAUAUGCUACAGGAACUGAUGGAGACUGAGGACUCCCAGGCUGACCCGUGGAUUCUGCCCAUCAUCCAGGGGUUUGUCCAGAUGGAGCGCUGUAAGAUGGACUUUGAUGAGAACAAGAAGAAGAUGUCCUCAGAUUCUGUCACCGACUUCGGCAACACCAAGUACAUCGAGCCACUCGGCUACGACAUCUACAUCGUCUCACGCCGCAGCAGACACAGAGCAGGUACUCGGUCCAAGAAGAGAGGAAUAGACAAGACUGGUGCCUGUGCCAAUUAUGUUGAAACGGAACAAAUCAUCGAGUUUUCACCCCACCUUGUAUCAUUUGUCCAAGUACGUGGAUCUAUACCUGUGUUCUGGUCGCAGUCUGGGUUCAAGUAUCGUCCUCCUCCAAGACUUGACAAAGGAGAUGAAGAAACACAUGGGGCUUUCCUCACCCACUUCGAGGAGCAGCUGGCUGUAUACAGCAAGCUGGUCAUCAUCUCCCUGGCCGAACUGGCCGGGAAGGAAACCGUCAUCGGUGACAAAUACCUGAGUCACAUACUGGAGUACAACUCCCCUGACAUCGCCUACAUCACCUUCGACUUCCAUGAAUACUGUCGUGGGAUGAAGUUUGAGAAUGUGUCCAUCUUGACUGAUGGGAUCCGUGACAUCAUCAAGGACCAGAGAUACUGCUGGGUGGACAACAAAGGCCCUAUCUGUGAGCAGCGUGGGGUCUUCCGUAUCAACUGUGUCGACUGUCUGGACAGGACAAACGUUGUGCAGACAGCCAUUGCAAGAAUCGUCAUGGAGACACAGUUUCGAAAACUUGGUCUUCUUCCUCCGGAGGAGAUUCUGCCAACAAGUUGCCGCCUAACCUACCAGCAGCUGUGGGCAAACAAUGGGGAUGUAAUCAGUCGGCAGUACGCCGGUACAGCUGCACUCAAGGGUGACUUCACCCGAACUGGUGAGAGAAAGUUUACAGGAUUGAUGAAGGAUGGCAUGAAUUCAGCUAACAGGUACUACUUGAGGUUCAAGGAUGCUCAUCGUCAGGCAGCCAUUGACCUGACCUUGGGGCAGCCUGUGUCGGAGGAGGUCCUGAAUCUCAACCCCAAGAGUGAGGGGGAUGAGGAGGAGGACACUCAGGACCUCCUGGAGAAGGAGGAGAACGUCAAGAUGCUGAUCGAGGACACCAAGAAGAUGCUCAUCAUCGAGCCAGAGCAGUGUCUGGGUGGCUGGAGUCUCAUCAACGCUGAUCCUCAGGAAGGAGACCCCGAUAAACAAGAGAUGGACAUCAUCCUGCUGCUCACACAGAGGGCUGUCUACAUCGGCUGGUAUGAUGACGAGGAAGAACAGGUCACACAGUACCAGAGGAUCUUCCUGGAAGAUCUGGAGAAGAUAGAAAUAGGCCAAGAGCCAUCCGUGUUCAAAUCUCGCUUUGUGUGCAUGCGCAUCCACUAUCGGCACUUCGCUGAGGAGGGCUUCUUCCACACCUUCCGAGCCCCGAGCACCCGUCUGUUCAACAACGUGGUGGUUCCUGUGAAGGACAAGGAAGAGGCUAGAGAGUCUCUGAAGGCAGUGUGUCAGGCUUUCAUGGCGGCGCAGGAGAUCCUGUCUCUGGAGCUGGAGGUAUCUGACAAGCCAAAGCUGGAAAGGAAGAAGACCCGUCCUCACCCUGAGGUUCAGGACAUCCACAAGCAGCAGCAGGAGAACUCCCUGGCUGGAAUCCGCCUCCCGCGGGACAUCUCGUCUGAUGUCAUGACCACCAGCCCCCGCACAGAUGACGCUCAGCCUGCCAGGGAGGAUGAGGAAGAAGUUUGGACACCCAUGAACUCUGACACUCAUACAACCCAAGAGAAGAUCUCUCCAGGACAGAGGAUCAAGAACAUGAACUUCAUUCCUGCUGCUCUCAGAGGACCUUUCUCGAAACCGUCCUCAUCUAAAAACUCUAAUCCAAUAAAGAUUUCCCUACCUAAGAUGACUUUAAAAAGUCUGAAUCCAGUAAAGAUGGUCAAAAAAUGGUCCUGCUGGAAAGGUUGCCAUAAAGUUCUCCAAAAUGUUGGACUUCAUGGAUAAGGAUCAUGCUGAUGGUGAGGUGACGAUUAUUGAUGGCAACACAGAAUCACAGCCGAUACCCAGAGUGACGGAUACAGGAGUUAGGUCAGGUUCCUUGGAGGCUGAGAAUGAUGUUGUUUUGGAUAGCUGUGGGAUCCUUGCCACCAGCCCCAGCACUAUCUUGAUUACAUCUUCCAGCUCAGGUGACAAGCAACAUAGGCAGGCUUCCAGUACAAGGCCUAUGUCUAACAUAGAAACAUCAGGUUCUUCUCAGCAAAAUACAGACAAGGCAAUAUUUGAAGCAUCUCAGCCCCUAGAGUCUGAUGCAGGGAAGGUGAGUGCUGUAGAGCCUGGAGUGUUUCAUAUGGACCUCCAGCACACCACAGACCCUCAAGAAGACGCUGCAGGUACUACAGACACAGACCCUUGCCAGGAACAGGAGGACCUGUUAUCUCUUCCUACAGACACACACACCAAUGGACUACCUCAGACGUCACAGGUGCCUACAGAUCACAACGACAUGGCUGAAGGACUCCAUGAGGAUUACUUUACCAAAAUACCUCCUCUUUUGGAGGAGGAUCUUGACCAAGAUGAACUGAAAACUGUCCUAGGCAGGCCGAAGCAGCUCUUCCACUCUAACAUGAAGGUUUCUUUAAGUGACUCAUCCCUAAGUCUCCUUGAGGACAAGAAGUCUGCUACUGGCGGUGAUACGAGCCCGUUUGCAAAGCUGAAACAGAAGGUAACAAGCCUGACUCUACCAGGGUCUGGAGCAGGAGGGCGGAGUCCGCCUCAGCCCCCCCGAGGGAUGGUACGGAAGUCACAGCGUGUGCUUGAGAACUUUGAAGACCUUGUGAAGGAGAAACUAGGCAAUGCAGAAUGUAAAACAAGGAUUAUUUUCAUAUGAGGAUCAGGGGGUAGUGUAGGCAUUUUAUAUGUACUUAUAGCAGUAGGUUGUGAAACCUGGCAUUAGAAGUAAAUGUUAGUGCCACACGUGACUGUUGAACAGACAUUAAUCACAUAACAUAGUUGUCUCCCUUUGCAUCAGUUAUAUUUUAACUAUUUUAUAAUGAGGAGCUUUCUAUUUCUGUAUAUCUUAGCUAUUUUUGAAUGAGGAGCUUACUAUUUCUGUACCAUUUCGACCAAAACUAUUUUCUCACUUCAAAAUGUCAUUGUAUGCCUUAAUUAGAAAUGGCUGACAUUGUCGUCUGCUAUCGCAUCACUUCUGGAUGUCAAGGUUUCAGUGGGUAUAAGUUUGGUAUUCAAUGCCACACGAUUUAUAAGCAUCAUGGUCAAAUUCAUUACGAAACUGGACCCUUCCCAGUGAUUAGGGUUGGACAUAGUAGUUGCAUGAUCAACAAGGUAGAGACUGGACACUUGGUGUCCACCACGUGUGCUCCAUAGGAAGAUGUUCAAAUAGGAGUACCCCUUUAAAAUUGCAAGAGUUUUUUUUAUGAAUUUUUAGUUCUGUUCAGGUUGAUAUUGGAAACAUGUGACCAAAUGAGAACUUUUUUGUCAACCUGGCGUCAAUUUUAGGAGUAAUAAGUAUAAGCCCAGCAGUUGUUGUCUAAGAAUAGAUUCCAUAGAAUUUUGUGAUAAUAUACUGGACAAAAUAAGUUAGGGAUAUUUGUAUUUAUAUGAUUGAUAUUUUAUCAGUGUGUCAAUUAAUAAAUACAUCAUUAUUCAUAAUUUCAAAAUUUACAUAUAUCCCUAACUAUUUUUGUCCAGUAUAGAUUGGAAGAUCUGGUGUAUCUCUGAUGUAGCAUAAAUACAAGACAGCAGUAAUAGCAUCAAGACUGUUAGUGACAGGGCAUUUAUUGCUGGGGGAAGGAAACCACUUUGAUCGUUCUUAGGACUAACAUAUGUUGUUGAUCGAUCAUUUUGUGUAACAGUUUCCCUGCCCUAUAAAUGUGUUAACAUUUG